AUGGGCAAGCAACUGAAAAACCGUGUGAGCGGGAGUAGCCAAGUUCGUGAUUAUGAUGAAAUUACAUCUUUCUUGGGAACAUGGGGACCCUUUCAGCGGACGAUUUUCUUUGCAUUGGCUGCCAGCAUCCUCCCAAAUGGGUUUGUUGGUAUUUAUAUUGUGUUUGUAGGUGAUACACCACCACACCAAUGCUAUAUUCCUGAGGAGUAUAACGUCAGUGAGACGUGGAAAAAUGUGACAAUCCCCAUGGUUACAAUGAAUGGUGUGUCACAGCUUAGCUCUUGCUUAAGGCUCAAAUUGGAGACCUUUAGAAACUACUCUAACCUUAACAUCGUCCCAAAUGUGGAUAUCAACGUGAGUGAAAUUGAGCUGGAGAGUUGCUUGGAUGGUUGGAAAUACAGCAAAGAGGUCUACCAGUCAACAAUUGUCACUGAGUGGGACCUGGUAUGUGACAAUGAGUUCAAAGAGCCUCUGACAUCCUCAAUAUACUUCCUUGGUGUUCUGGUGGGAACCUUUAUCACAGGACAGCUGUCCGACAGGUUCGGAAGAAGGCCAGUGCUCUUUUCCAUGAUGGUGUUACAGACUGUAGCUAUAUUCGCCCAGAUAUUCUCCCCAAACUGGGAGGCAUUCAGCGCCAUCUUCUUCUUUGUGGGUUUUGGUGGAUUCUCCAACUAUGUGGUAGCUUAUGUGUUAGGAUCCGAGAUUCUGAGCCCUGGGACACGCGUAGUGUUUUGCUCCCUGGGCGUGUUCAUGGGAUCUGGUUUGGGCCAAAUGUUCAUGCCAGCGGUGGCCUACUUCAUCCGUGAUUGGAGGUGGCUUCUGGUACCCAUGGCUGGUUCUGGACUGAUGUACAUCCCCCUCUGGUGGUUAAUCCCAGAGUCUCCCAGAUGGCUGCUCUCUCAGGGAAGAGUUGAAGAGGCUGAGGCCAUACUGAGAGACGCUGCCAGGAGGAACGGAGUUGAAGCACCAGAGGUCAUCUUCACUCCCAUUGAGAUUGAGGAUGCCUGCAAAAAUAUGGACAAGAAAUAUAAUUUCUUGGACAUCCUACAGAACUGCAACAUGGUCUCAGUUAUACUAAUUUGUUCUCUUUUGUGGAUGGUCAUCACCAUGGCCUACUAUGCACUGCUAUUCAAUACCACUAACCUGCAUGGGAAUUCCUAUAUCAACUUCUUCCUGUCUGCAGUUGUAGAAGUGCCAGCCUAUAUACUCGCUAUGUUACUGCUGAAAUUUUGCUAUCGAAGAUUCUGCCAGUCAUCCACUCUGUUUUUUGGCGGUUCUGUUAUUCUCUUCAUCCAGAUUAUCCCAGCAGAUCUCCCAGGAGUGGCCCUCUUCCUGGAGAUGGUGGGGAAGUUUGGCAUCACCGCAGCGUUCUGUGUGGUGUACGCCGUCACGUCGGAGCUCUUCCCCACUGUGGUGAGGAACAUGGCCAUGGGGACGUGCUCAAUGGCAGCACGCAUCGGCAAUAUCAUCUCCCCCUUCAUCAUCUACCUCGGUAAUCAUUACAAGUACCUGCCAUAUAUUUUGAUUGGGAGUCUGGCUGUGUUAUCCAGCCUACUUUGUUUCGUUCUACCAGAGAGUUUUGGAAAGGUUCUCCCUGAGACAAUACCACAGAUGCAGAAGCUUAGAGGGUAA